AUGACGAUUCGCAAGAUCAGCUCUACCGAAGCAGACAAGACCGGGACGCUGUCGGUGGCGCCCGCGGGCCUCCCGUCGCGCAACCCGUCAAAGUCUUACUGGCUGCGGGAGCCGUCGCGGACGCUGCUCGGGCACCGGGGCACGCCGGACCUGCCCGAGACGGCCGACGUCGUGGUAGUGGGGAGCGGCAUCACGGGCGCGUUCGCCGCGAGGUUCCUCAAGGAGGGUCCCGACCGGAAGGGUCGGGCGUCCGACGGGGGACGCGGUGACUUGAGCGUGGUCAUGCUGGAGGCGAGAGAGGCUUGUUCGGGCGCGACAGGGAGGAAUGGAGGGCACUGUCAGCCGUUAGUAUACGGCUCCGUACCGGCCGUUGCGGCAUUUGAGUUGGAGGUGUGUGACUUUCUGGAGAGGUUCGUGAGGGAGGAAAGUGUGGAUUGUGACUGGGUGAGUCUCACCGGCGUCCACGCCUUCCUGUCCGAGAACAUGUUUGAGCUUGCGGCUGCGGAUGCCGAGAAUCUGAAGAAGAGCCACCCCGAGCUAGCCGCUCAGCUUGAGGUCGUUCGAGCUUCAGGAGGCACCGAAACCCUGGCGUCCCUCCGCGUCCCCUCCGCCCAAGGUGCCAUCAUCCAGAAAAAGGCCGCAUCCCUCUGGCCCUAUAAGCUCGUUGCCACCGUGCUCGAGCGGCUCGUCGCCAAAUUCCCCGCCCCGAGCUUCAACCUCCAAACUAACACCCCGGUCACCUCCCUCUCACGCGCCGAGUCGGGCCCCGGCUGGGCCCUCACUACGCCGCGCGGCAGGAUCACCGCCCGCCAGGUGCUCCUCGCCACGAACGGCUACACCUCCCACCUGCUCCCGGCCUUUUCGGACUUGAUCGUGCCCGUGCGAGGGCAGAUCGGCGCUCUCCUGCCGCCCAGACCGGACCCGUCCGCCGGCAAACCCCCCGCGAAACUGGCCCACUCGUACGUCUUCGCCGCCGACCCGGAGCCGGGCUCUGCUUCCACGGCGCCGCGCGACGACUACCUCGUGCAGCGGCCGCUGCCCACCGGCGGCGAGCUGAUCUACGGCGGCGGGCGGCGGCUCGCGCGCGGCCUGGGCGUGGGCGAGUGGCGGGACGAUGAGGUCGAGCCCGAGGUGGCCAGGUACCUGCGGCGGGAGCUGUGCCCGCCGCUGGACCUGUCGCCUACAGCCGGCACCGCGGAGGAGGAGGAGGAGGAGGAGGAGGAUGAUGAUGAAGGGAAGAAGAGCCGGGGGUUGGAGCUGGAGGCGUCGCUUGAGUGGACCGGCGUCAUGGGGUACAGCCGGGACCGUCACGCCUGGGUCGGGCCCGUACCUGAGAGCCUGGGUGGCGGCGGACCCGAGGGCGGCUUGUGGAUUUGCGCCGGGUAUACGGGACACGGGAUGCCAGCUGCUGCAUUGUCUGCGCGGGAGGUGGUGAGGCAGAUGUUGGCCAGUGGGGACGGAAACAGUGCGGCGCGGGAGGAGGAGGAGGAGGACGGCAAGGUGAGGCUACCCAGAGAGUUUGUGUUGGAUGAAGAGCGGGUGGAGAGGGCAAGAAGACUUCCUCAGUUGACGCAGGGUUGGGAGGCCACCAACUUUGCGACUCUGUUCGGCGCUGGCUCGAGUGUGCCGCCUACUGGCGCAAAGGGGGAGUGA